AGUCCGGGGUCCCUCCUCAUCACCCCUCCGUGGGAUGCGAGGGAGAAGCCAGGCCCGCUGCAGUGAACCCCGUCCGUGUUUUAUUUCCAUAUGAAAGGAGUUUUGCACGAAACGGGCGUUUUCAGAAUGAGCGAGCCCCGUUCCCUGCGCUUCGUGCUCCUCCACCGCUGGUCCAGCUCCUGCAGCCCUUUCUCACCUUUUCUGGGUCAUUGAUGAUCCGGUUCUCCCUGCAAAGCACCCUGGGAAAACUUGAGUUGCUGUGACCCCGAGUUGAUAGGUCCCUUCUGCUCUCAGAUCCAGCACGUUGUCAGACCAUCCUUGGAGAAACCCAGGAGGAGGAUGAUGAGAUCCUUCCGAGGAAAGACUAUGAGAGUUUGGAUUAUGAUCGUUGUAUCAAUGACCCUUACCUGGAAGUUUUGGAGACGAUGGACAAUAAGAAAGGUCGCAAGUAUGAGGCGGUGAAGUGGAUGAUGGUGUUUGCCAUUGGAGUCUGCACUGGGCUGGUGGGUCUCUUUGUGGACUUUUUCGUGCGCCUCUUCACCCAGCUCAAGUUUGGAGUGGUACAGACAUCGGUGGAGGAAUGCAGCCAGAAAGGCUGCCUUGCGCUGUCCCUCCUUGAGCUCUUGGGUUUCAACUUGACCUUUGUCUUCUUGGCAAGCCUUCUUGUCCUGAUUGAGCCGGUGGCAGCAGGCUCCGGGAUACCCGAAAUCAAGUGCUAUCUGAAUGGUGUGAAGGUGCCCGGGAUCGUCCGUCUCCGGACCCUGCUCUGCAAAGUCUUUGGAGUGCUGUUCAGUGUGGCUGGAGGGCUCUUUGUGGGGAAGGAAGGCCCCAUGAUCCACAGUGGAGCAGUGGUGGGAGCUGGUCUCCCUCAGUUUCAGAGCAUCUCCUUACGGAAGAUCCAGUUUAACUUCCCCUACUUCCGAAGUGACAGAGACAAGCGAGACUUUGUAUCAGCAGGGGCGGCUGCUGGAGUUGCUGCAGCUUUCGGGGCUCCCAUCGGGGGUACCCUGUUCAGUCUGGAAGAGGGCUCGUCCUUCUGGAACCAGGGGCUCACGUGGAAAGUGCUCUUUUGUUCCAUGUCUGCCACCUUCACCCUCAACUUCUUUCGUUCUGGGAUUCAGUUUGGAAGUUGGGGUUCCUUCCAGCUCCCCGGAUUGCUGAACUUUGGCGAGUUUAAGUGCUCUGACUCUGAUAAAAAAUGUCAUCUCUGGACAGCUAUGGAUUUGGGUUUCUUCGUCGUGAUGGGGGUCAUUGGGGGCCUCCUGGGAGCCACAUUCAACUGUCUGAACAAGAGGCUUGCAAAGUACCGUAUGCGAAACGUGCACCCGAAACCUAAGCUCGUCAGAGUCCUCGAGAGCCUCUUGGUGUCUGUGGUAACCACCGUGGUGGUGUUUACGGCCUCGAUGGUGUUAGGAGAGUGCCGACAAAUGUCUGCUUCGGGUCAAAUCGGUAAUGACUCCUUCCAGCUCCAGGUCUCGUCAGAAGAUGUCAAUUCAAGUAUCAAGACCUUUUUUUGUCCCAAUGAGACUUACAAUGACAUGGCCACACUCUUCUUCAAUCCCCAGGAGUCUGCCAUCCUUCAGCUUUUCCACCAGGAUGGUACUUUUAGCCCAGUCACUCUGGCCUUGUUUUUCGUGCUCUACUUCCUGCUCGCAUGUUGGACCUAUGGCAUUUCUGUUCCAAGUGGCCUUUUUGUACCUUCCCUGCUGUGUGGAGCUGCUUUUGGACGUUUAGUGGCCAAUGUCCUCAAAAGCUACAUCGGCUUGGGCCACAUCUAUUCGGGGACCUUCGCCCUGAUUGGUGCCGCAGCUUUCCUGGGCGGGGUGGUCCGCAUGACCAUCAGUCUCACGGUCAUCCUGAUCGAAUCUACCAACGAGAUUACGUACGGGCUCCCCAUUAUGAUCACUCUGAUGGUGGCCAAAUGGACAGGGGACUUUUUCAACAAAGGCAUUUAUGAUAUCCACGUGGGCUUGCGGGGCGUGCCGCUACUGGAGUGGGAGACGGAGACGGAAAUGGACAAACUGAGAGCCAGUGACAUCAUGGAGCCCAACCUCACCUACGUCUACCCACACACCCGCAUCCAGUCUCUAGUGAGCAUCCUGCGCACCACAGUCCACCACGCCUUCCCGGUGGUCACGGAGAACCGGGGCAACGAGAAGGAGUUCAUGAAGGGCAACCAGCUCAUCAGUAACAACAUCAGGUUCAAGAAAUCCAGCAUCCUCACCCGGGCUGGCGAGCAGCGCAGACGGAGCCAGUCCAUGAAGUCGUACCCGUCGAGUGAGCUACGAAACGUGUGUGACGAGCACCUCGCCUCCGAGGAGCCCGCCGAGAAGGAGGACCUCCUGCAGCAGAUGCUGGAGCGAAGAUACACUCCCUACCCCAACCUAUACCCUGACCAGUCCCCGAGCGAAGACUGGACCAUGGAGGAGCGCUUCCGCCCUCUGACCUUCCACGGCCUGAUCCUGCGGUCACAGCUUGUCACCCUGCUCGUCCGAGGAGUUUGUUACUCUGAAAAUCAAUCAAGCGCCAGCCAGCCGCGCCUGUCCUACGCCGAGAUGGCUGAGGAUUACCCACGGUACCCCGACAUCCACGACCUGGACCUGACGCUCCUAAACCCGCGCAUGAUUGUGGAUGUCACCCCAUACAUGAACCCUUCGCCCUUCACCGUUUCACCCAACACCCACGUCUCCCAAGUCUUCAACCUGUUCAGAACGAUGGGCCUGCGGCACCUGCCCGUGGUGAAUGCCGUGGGAGAGAUCGUGGGGAUUAUCACUCGGCACAACCUGACCUACGAGUUUCUGCAGGCCCGGCUGCGGCAGCACUACCAGACCAUCUGACGGCCCGGCGUGGCCUCACUGCCACACACCGGCCCGCCCUGUCCCAGAGCUGCCCAGGGAGGCAGCUCGCUCGUGCUCCGCCGCCACGGCUGGCUGGGGCUGUUCCAGGACACGGAAGAUUCCCACUCACCCACUCGCUCGGAAAGCCUACAAUCAUCCAACACUCCGCCGGUCAGAGAUCCUGGGGAUGGUGUUGAACCGCAAGAGCUUGGACUUGUCUGACUUUCUCAGCAAGUAUCUUCCUGCUCCCUGCUCCCUGCUUUCCUGCCGUCCAGCAUGGGCUCAGGCCCCAGGCCCCAGGCCCCUCCACCCCACACGUGCCAGGAUCAGAGGGGGCACCAGGCCUCAGCCACUGGGUUGGGUGGGGGGCGGGGGGGGGGACACCCGGAGCACUUUUCAUGCCCCUCCUGCUGCUUUCCUAGGGGACUCAGCUGUUGCCUUAAACCGCGACGGGGGAGGCUUUGCCAUGGCAAGUGCUGGGGCGAAGGCCAGUUGUGAACUGAAGUGAAUCACCAAAUUUAGGGACCGAGCGCUGAGACGAUUGCCCGUGUGUCGGGGAGGCCUUCCCUCGCUGGGCUCUUGCCAUGCUCAGCGGCUCAUCUGAAGGGAAACACUGCUUCCGGGGGGCGCUGCUGCUCAGGCUUGCCGCCAUGGGCACAGCCUCCUCGGAAGCGCCACCCUCCAGAAGCACACGUCCCCCUGACCGGCCCUGAAGGAUAAGUCUGACGAGACGUCCGGUUCACAGCCGCCCUAGUCUUGAGCAUCUCAGCUUCUCUCCUGGUGAUUCCGGUUUCCCGAGGUCCGUCCCUCCUCCCGCCUCUGCGCAGUUAAUAACUUCCCUCGAGUUCUUACACGUGUCCUCCUGGCGAAGCAGCCAUGGCCCAGAGGGUAUUCGUAUGUCCCCCACCCCCACCCCCCGACCAAGUUAGCUACAAGCUGAGCAUCCCAUGAUAAGACUGCUCCACCCCACUCUGGGAAAUGGUACCAUUACCUCUAAGGUGGGCAGAAGCAAGUCCUGAGCCAGUGGCCACUGUAGGAACGUGACGCGGCCUGAGAAGCCCGGGUCAGGAUGGAGCAGAUGGCUUCUUCCAGGAGGGGAGGGGGUGUGCCCGUCCUGGCCGUCCCCAGCCCGCCGAGGGGCCCAGACCUGGAAACUGUGCCACCGGGGCCCUGGGCUGGCGGGAGAGCUGGCCGCACGUGCCCAAGCCCCGGCACUGACCCCAGGAAGGAAGCCCCUGUGUGUCCGUGACCUGUGUCUCCAGGCGGGAGGGCCUCUGACUAGACCCCCAAAGUGAACACGCGGUGUCGGGUGUUUUGCACUCACUCUCUCAAGCUCUGUCCUAUCCCCCCACCUGCAGCCACACCCUGGGCCCGGCACAGCCCGUGGCAGAUGCGCCUGGGGCACCAAGACGGCAUCUGUCUGCAUUUAAGUUCCUGUUGGGCUUUUUUGUGUAAACUGUUGGCAGUCGCCUGGGGCCUGGGCACCCGGCCUCUCCGUCCCCUCGCCCUCUGCCUCGGGCUGACUUCUGUCGCCGAGUCUGGCACGCAGCCUGGGGGUGGGCGCCCGUCCCGGCGCGGCUGCCCAGGUCUCGUGCUCGGCGUGCUUGCUCAGCUCAGUGAGGGGCUGCUUCAGGCUCUUUGCCUCCUGACUGGCCGCCUCCGUUCUUCCCAUUUCUCAUCUCUCCGACCAAAAAUACUUCGACUUCUAAAUGUCUCAGUUUCCUUGAAUGCGUGUGGCCUGUGAAAUGUGGAUGGGACCCCCCGGCAAGUAGUUGGGGAGAUCACAAGGACCAAAAAGGCAAGCCCUGCUCGGCGUGCUCGUGUUCCGCCAGCUGCCACUUGCGGCGGCACUCGGAGCCUGGCCGCGCUGCUCCUUCCCGUCGCCCAGGUCAGGGAACACCGGGAUUGCCCGUCCCACAAACUGAAGCCCUCUUCCCACCCCUCCCUGAAACUGGCAGAAGGAAAGUCCUCCUGGGGUCUGGGUCAGCAGCGGCCUGCCUCCAGGCGGCCCCGGGUGAGUGUCGUCGGACUUUCCCCUCGUGCACAUGCAGUCCCCAGAUGCUCGUUCCCUCUGGUGCGGCCCACGGGUAGCUGGCUUGGCAGGCGCCUCCCUCCGCAUGAACCGGCCGCACGGCCGCCGAGGACCCAAACUCAGGCCCCUCUGGAAAGGCACAUGGCUUCUUGUCCUCCGUGGGUGUCUGCCCUUACCAGAUAAGCCCAAAGACAACCACUGCCCCACUUGUAACAAGAUAACUGGAAGCCUCACCCCCUUGAUAGUUAGAAACCCACAGUGUCCACGUCCCACCUAUUUCCAGCCCCGUCGCCCCCUGGCAAUAGGGUACGUCCACACACACAAGCCACGGGCGCUGGGGCUGGCUGGGGACAGUUCUCCGCGUGCUGGUCUCCUGCCUGCGGUGUCGGGCUCCCAGCUGGGGUGACUGGGAGGUACCUCCCCACCGUGGGGCCUUGGCACUCGGGAGUGAUUUGCUCAUGAGCUUGUUCAACUAACGGUUCCUGGCUGGGAUGGACGCUCGCUUGCUUGACCCGACCAACUAUGUGACAUUGCUGACGCAGAGUUGUACUGACACAGCCGCUGGAGACUAGAAAGCCUCUGGAAAGGCCAGAAGCCCCGUCCCGGGCCCUGUGGCGUUGACGUGCAGUAUUACCCACGGCUCCGUGGACACGGCCACCCCGACAGUCGCAGGCUUCCCUCGUUCUGUUUGCACUGUUGGUUUACAUAGUAACACUAGCUAAUUCUACGGUGUACAUACAUGGUAUUUUUUUUAAUUUGUAAAGUUCUAUUUUUAUUUGAACUUUUGGAACUUGGAAGUUCUCAUUGUAACCGUAACCUGUCGGAAUAAAAUGUCUUCAUCUGUCUCCUUUAA